UCUAAAUCUAUAACGCGCAGGCUAUGUUUAUUCGACAAAUCAAGUCAGCUAAGACUACAAGUAUUUGUGUCAAAUGUAGAAAUCGGAUUAUUCGGUACCUUAAAGGGAGAAAUAUUUCAAAAACAUGCACUUCAGAGAAUGCACAAAAAUGGCCUGGGCCACUAAGUGGAUACAGAAUACUGGACAUGUCAAGAGUGCUUGCUGGCCCUUACUGCACAAUGAUUCUCGGUGAUUUAGGAGCAGAAGUAAUCAAAAUUGAGCGACCAGGAUCAGGGGAUGAUACUCGGUUGUGGGGUCCACCAUUUAAAGGUUCGGAAUCGGUGUACUUCCUCACAAUCAAUAGAAAUAAAAAGAGUGUUGCCGUUGAUAUAAAAUCUGAGAGAGGUCAGGACAUUAUCAGAAAGCUUGCCACUAAGUGUGAUGUUUUGGUAGAGAAUUACAUACCUGGAAAACUGGAACAAUAUGGUCUAGGAUAUCAACAGCUUCAAAAUGAGGCACCCCAGCUUAUCUAUUGCUCAAUAUCAGGUUACGGGCAAACUGGACCAUACGCUAAAAGAGCAGGAUAUGACGUCAUAGUUUCUGGCGUAGCAGGGUUGAUGUACAUCACUGGUCCCAAGGGCGGAGAACCAUGUAAGGUGGGCGUGGCUAUGACAGAUUUAUCCACUGGACUGUACGCUCAUGGUGCCAUCAUGGCUGCCAUCUUACAGCGACAGAAAACGGGUCAAGGUCAACACAUUGACUGCGAUUUAUUUUCUACUCAGGUUUGUGCUUUGAAUUUA